CCUUGUGUUUAUUGGUUUCUGUUUCAGGAAGGUCUGGAUGAUUCUCAAGAGGCUGGAGUCUCUGAAGCAUCAGAGGUGAUUCGCUAUGAAUAUCAUGUUCUAUAUUCUUGCAGUUACCAAGCUCCUGUUCUCUAUUUUAGGGCUUGUUUUUUAGAUGGAAAACCUUUAACUCUGGAUGAAAUAUGGAAAAGUGUGCAUGAAUGCUAUAGGGAUCGCCUCUGGCAAGGACCAUGGGAUACCAUUACACAACAGGAACAUCCAUUACUUGGUCAGCCUUUCUUUGUACUUCAUCCCUGCCGGACAAAUGAAUUUAUGUCUUCAAUAUUAUCCAGUUUACAUAAACAAAAAAAGCAUACAAACUACAUUAUUUCAUGGUUGAGUAUUGUUGGUCCAGUGGUGGGUCUCCAUCUGUCUUUGAGUUAUGUAAAAGCCAAUUCUGAAGAGACUACAAGUGCUGAUUAAAGAGAUUAGGUACGGAAACAUGGAUUUUGGGUGGAAUAUAAAUUGUCACAAGUCUUGUAAUUUAUCUCAUGCUUGGAACUAAGGAUAAUACAAAGGUGGCCUUGAUGGAGAUCAUGUUACAUUGAUAUAUGUCUGAUGAGCACCCAGCUUAGAAAUACAUUUUAAUUGCCAUAAGCAGGAUACACAAUGUCAUCAGGACACAAAUGUUGAUUCAUAUUAUAAUUUCUUUGGCUGUGGUAAGUGGGAAAAAUUCCUCCCCCAAAACAGAUAAGAGGACUAUAUUGGAGCAAUGUCUAGGACAAGUACUUCAAAUCCUAGAAAGAACAUAAGCAACUGCCAAAGGUAUCUGAAACCAACAAAAGUAAUAACGAUUUCUCUAUCUUGACUGCUGUUGUAGCAUAUGCAAACUUAUGAAAAGGAAUAAUUUGUAUGAACAGUUUCCUUGCUACAAGACUCAUGAGCAAAACUGAUAUUACAACUUAACAUACUUCUUUUGAGGAUUUAGUAUAACAUUGUGAUCAUGCAGAAUGUUAAUAGGCUAGUGCAUACAUAGGGAAAACUAUUACUGGCUACAGUUUCUAUUUAGUAUAUACACAUUGUAAUAUAUUUAGCAAGGCUAAUAUUUAUCUGACUUAUGACCAGUUUGUAUAUCAUGGUGGCAACUUUAUUUGUUGUUAAGGUGUCUUUCCUAUUCCUCUAGAAAUGAGGGACUUGGAUAUAAAAAUGCAGCAAGGGGUGCAGCUUUCACCAACUUACUUUUUAUGGUCCAUCAAUCAAAUGCCUUAGCCUAGCUCCCAUACCAGAAGUAAGCCAGGCCAGGAGGAAAGUACUUAAAGGGUCAAAAUUGGCAUGGAAAAGAUUUAGUUCCUGUAUCUGGAUGUCACUUUCAUUUUAUUUGUAAAUAAAAUGGCAGCUACUUUCACUCCUACUUGUCUUUCUGUAUGCUAUUUCUUUACAGAGAAAUAUUGGCACAGGAAAAAAGGCAGUAUAUAUAAUGGCCCAAUACAAAACCAUCUGGAAUUUAAGUCCUCUAUAUGUGUCUCCUUGUUUCCUGUAUUUUUAGCUGGUUUUCUCUCCAACAGAAGUUACAUAAAAAUAAAUGAUGCUGAAAAGUUUACAUCAUGAGUUCCACGGCUUUAUUUACGAUUCUGAUACAUGCCUACAACAAUAUAGACAGACAGACACACACGCACGUGCACACACAACACUUAUGUAUGGUUAUGACUUACUCUUUCAAGAGGUUAAUUAACAGUCGAUGUAUGAAACCAAUUAGCAGAAAAUGGCCAGGUUUUUAUUUCAUUUAUCCCAUUUAAUUAGUCACUGCUUGAUUAAUGUCAAUUAUUUCUCUGAGAUGCACCAUAGCAGAGUAUGUACCCUCCACUUAGCUUUUCAUUUCCAUUAGAAUAGUAUCAGUUGUAAACAAAAUCUGUCUAUUUCUUACUACAGUAAGUAAGUGGUGUCAAUGUUCCAAUAUUGUACUAUUCAGAUUACAAGUUAAUUUUCAAAGGCUCAGUAUGUUUUGAUAGUUAAAAAGACAAUACAUCACUUUAGCUUCUUUCAUAAUAUUAGGAUGUGCUAUGACUCCUGUUGAGGCAAUUUAUAGGUUACAAUUAAGGCUUGGGGCUUGUUCCUAUCUUUAGUUUAUGUCUUUUCCUUAUCUAAGCAGAUCUCCGCAAAGAUUAAAUAGGUUUCAUAUAAAUAAUGAUACUGUGAUAUCAGAAUAAGAAAUAUUUCACUGUAAUAUAAUAUCCAUAUAAUUUCCAUGCCAACCUUUUUUAGUAAUUUCUCUUCAAUCUUUUUUAAUUUUAUCUUUUGUUAUAGGAGAAAAUUACAUGUAAAGCUUGCUGUUUAAAAUAUUUUUGGAAUCUCUGCUUCUACUUGUUAAAUAUAUAUUAUUUAUUUUGCAUCCUUUAACAUAGCUAUAAUGCAGUUUCAUACUUUUGCUUGAGGAUGUAACUUUGCACAUCUUUUUAAACUGAGUUGUGUGUGUGUGUGUGUGUGUGCGCAUAUAUGCACCCCCACAUUCAACACACAGAAGCCAGCUAAGAACUGUGAUACCACUUUGGUCUUAAGAUCCAUAUCUUUAUUCCCUUGUUCUAAAUAUAUAUGCAAUAAAGUAACUCAUGUUGAUGUCACUACUCUUACUUGGGUUCUUUUAUACUCAGGAGGCAUGUUGUCUGAUGUCACCUGGUAUCUUAAUUACAUAAUUAUAAUUAUAUAAUUAUUUAAAUAAUUUAGUUUAAGUACUAGAGCCUGGCUUAACUAUUUUAAUGACAGAAUGUAUAGCAUGAUACCUGGCAAGUUUACAGCUUUAAGUUGGGUCUGCAGCUGUCAGUGCAUUGCCACCAGACUGCAGAAAUUGCUUUCCUGGCUGCUUAGCAGCAAUUAAUGUUUCACUAGAUAGUACUGAAGUUUCAAGACAAUGCGCUGAAUAAAAAGGAUGCAUAUGUCAGUCAAUGUAAUGAAAGUAUCCAGAGCGUUUCUACUCUAACACUAGUACUAGACUGAGAAUCAUCUGCUACAAAUACAGUACUCAAUUUUGUCAGUUGCUGACAGAGAUCUAAGAGGGUGUUUCUACUUAUUAACCAUCAUUCAGGAAAAUACAGAUUCUAAUCAUAGAGGUUAGAGUAGCCAAAAUGACAAAAAUCUGUACAGUAUCCUACCAACCAUUAAUUUGUUGAUCUCUUCCACUAUUUUUUCAGUAUAGAAAUACAAAGUGCACAUAUGUGGUAUUAAUGUUUAUGAAUGUUUAUCUAAACCGUUUUAAAACUAUCAAAGUAGUGCCUAACAUACCUUACAGCAUCCUAGGUAGCUAAAGAUAUACAACACUUGAUUGAUACAAUUUCUAGUGUCUAAUAUAAUUUCUAAUAUACCCAAUAUUUGCAGUGGCUUGAGUCAGAUAAUGUUCAUCCUGACCACCAGUAAUCCAGGUAGGAAUGUUUUUCUCAUAAUCCCUCAUGCCAGGAAUAAAUUAUCUCUGAUAAACACAGAUUGCAAUUAGAAAAAACACCAGGGGAAAGAAUUGGUUAUAUAUGAUGCACAGAAAAUAAGUCUUCUGGAUUGUGGCCAUUUAUUGCAUCCAAAUCCUUCAUUUCUCCACCAGAAAAUCAUCCUGCUUCAUUGCAAUGAAUAGAACCUGUGUGAAGUCAUAGGCUAAAUCAAAUAGUGGCCAAGUUUGGAUAUAACUAAUAUCCCUUCAGAAAUUGGUUUGGGAAGUUGAGAACAUUAAAUCAAAACUAGUUCUGUACAUCUACUGUAUCUAGUUCAAUACUAUAGCCCUUUGAAUGGCUGUGAUCUUUCACAGAAAGAUCUUUCACAUUGCCUGCUACUGAUUGUUGACUUUCUUUACCCAGUAAUGCCAGGGAUUAAUGUUAGGAUCUUAUAUAUUUAAAAUAUAUAUUCUGUUACUGUACCCUUCUCCAGAAGAAGCAAACAGGAUUGCAGGCUAUAGGACAAUGCACAGCUCAUUCUUUCUCAACAUAUCAAAGCAAAAAACAAAGACAAAUGUCUUAUUUGUUUAAGUAGUAGUAUUCCAUUUUCAUGUGAAAGUAGAAUUCAACUUCUUGGUUAUAUAAUUUCAUUACAUCUUCUUUUAAAUCUAGAACAGGACAAUCUGCAGAUUGCAUGCAGUUCCCCAUCUCCUUUGUUUAUGCCCCCUUAAGCCUCCAAUAUGUUUUAAUGUAUCUCGUGUGUGUGUGUGGUGUGUGUGUGUGUGUGUGAUAUCCAUC